AUGAAAGACACCCUCACAACUCAAUUAUCUUCAUCACAUAAUCUUUGUUCUAAUUGUCAUGUUCGUGAUGUUAUUUAUUUCGCUCCUAUUUAUCGUGGACCUGUAUAUAGUCUUGGUCUUCAUACAUCUGCCAUGGUUCAUCUUGGUCAUUAUGCAUCCUCUACUGAUUAUCAUGCUCCAUCUUUUCCUACAUGUACUUCAACUGCAAUAACAAAUCAAGAAACAACAUCGAAUUUAAACAUUAUAACAAGUACAGAACAAUAUUUAACAUCUGAUCUCGGUAGUUUUUGGUCAUUUGAUAAUAAUACAGAUGAUAGUUUAGCAGAUUUUAAUGGUAUAUCACUUAAUUCACCGAUAUAUCAAACUCCUGGAAUAAAUGGUUAUGGUUCCGCUUUAUUAUUUAAUUCAACAAAUGAACAAUAUGUUAAAAUAUCAAAGUAUAGAGAUUUGUCUUAUAGAAGUUUUACAGUAGAAAUGUGGUUCUAUUGUACUUGUUUAUCAAUGGAUGAUGAUUAUGGAUUUUUUGUGCAAAGUCAUAUUCAAUUUAAAGAUCAUACAUUGCAUUAUAUAAUUCGAAAUUUUUCACUUUUCAUGGGUUUUUAUGAUGAUGAUCUUCGAGGUUCAACUAUGAUUCAGUUAAGUACUUGGUAUCAUGUUGCUUUUGUAUAUGAUUAUUCAUUAUUAAAACAAUCAAUUUACUUGAAUGGAAUACUUAUUUGCAAUACAAUAUCGUCUGGACCUUAUAAAGGUACAUCAGGUGCAAUUAUUAUUGGAAAAGCUGAAUCAUGCUGUGUUUCACCCAAAAAUUUUUCUGGUGUCAUUGAUGAAGUAUCAUUAAAGAUGAAAGUAAAAAGUGCUAGUGAAAUCUUAGAUGAUGCAACAUUAGUUACAAAUCAUUCAUUUGAUUAUCAAUCAUAUUAUGAUUCAAGUUCACUUCAUCUCAAAGGAAAAUAUACAAAUGUAACAUUUGUCAAUGGACGAAUGAAUAAAGCGAUUCAUUUUCAAUCAAAUUUAUCUUUUUAUCAAAUUGAUGGAUUUAUUCUUCUUGGAGUUUCUAAUAAAUCAUAUUCUAUUACUCUAUGGAUUUAUCCAGAAUCAAUUCAAGGAUCAAUUCUUCUUCAACAAACAACAAAAAUGACUGGACAAGAUUGGUGUAUCUAUUUACUUGGAUUUUCUUCUAAUGGAAAUAUCAUUGGAACAAUUUGGAACGGAUCAUUAGAAGAAAUUAUUGGUCCUAUUUUACCAAAUAAUGUUUGGUCACAUGUUGGUUAUACUUAUUCAAGAAUAAAUGGAUUGCGAUUAUAUGUUAAUGGAACAUUAAUUAAUAGGAAAAAUUCGAAUUUAAAUUAUAUUGGUUCAGAACAAGUGAAUACAUUAAUAUUAGGAAACUCUAUUGAAAAUAUUUCGUGUAAUUCACAAUCAAUUAUUUCCGAUGUUUAUAAUGGAUCUAUUGAUGAAUUUCGUGUUUAUUCACGAGAAUUAAAUAAUAAUGAAAUUUUUCAACUCGCUAAUCCAUAA